AAAACUGACCUUACCUUCUGUGAUGGCGCGUAACGGAAACAGCUUCAGUUUUAUUCUGAAAACCAGAAGUGCCAUUUGGUUUUUUAUUUCCGCUCACUUAACGGCGACUGGAUUUUUUUCUACUGAAGUGCUGCUGUGCAACAUCUGAGGCAAUACCCAAGAACGACAUUAUUUAACUAAAACAUCGGGUUUGGCCUUCGCAUCGUCUGAUAGGAUGGCAGAGUUAAGGAAGCGCGCAGCCAGAGACACCGACCCGACGUUACAACAGCAGCCGUCAGAGGACAAGGGAUCAGACAGUGAGCUGAAGGUGGAAAAAGAUGGCUUGUCAGACAGUGAGUCCAAAGCGGAUUCUGGAGUCCCAGAUGUGCCAGUUCCUCCUGAUGACACCCCUGAGGUUCUAAACAAAGCCCUUUCAGGACUCUCCUCAAGAUGGAAGAACUGGUGGGUCCGAGGCAUCCUCACACUAGCCAUGAUCUCCUUCUUUUUCUUCAUUAUCUACCUGGGUCCCAUGGUGCUUAUGAUGAUUGUCCUCUGUGUUCAGAUCAAAUGCUUCCAGGAAAUCAUCACAAUUGGCUACAGCGUGUACCACUCAUACCACCUGCCCUGGUUCAGGACAUUGAGCUGGUACUUCCUGUUGUGUGUGAACUACUUCUUUUAUGGUGAAACUGUGACAGAUUACUUCUUCACACUAGUGCAAAGGGAGGAACCGCUGCGUAUUCUCAGCAAAUACCAUCGCUUUAUUUCUUUUGCACUCUACCUCACAGGUUUCUGUAUGUUUGUGCUGAGUUUGGUGAAGAAACACUACCGUCUUCAGUUCUACAUGUUUGGCUGGACCCAUGUGACUCUACUCAUUGUCGUGACUCAGUCCCACCUUAUUAUCCACAACCUGUUUGAGGGGAUGAUUUGGUUUAUUGUGCCAAUUUCAUGUGUGAUCUGUAAUGACAUCAUGGCCUACAUGUUUGGAUUCUUCUUUGGUCGGACCCCUCUCAUCAAGCUGUCCCCUAAAAAGACAUGGGAGGGAUUCAUUGGUGGAUUAUUUGCCACUAUUGUGUUUGGCAUCAUGCUCUCCUAUGUGAUGGCUGGCUAUCGUUAUUUUGUGUGUCCGGUGGAGUUCAACAACGACUCCAACAGUUUCCAGGUGGACUGUGAGCCAUCUGACCUUUUCCAGCUGCAGGAGUACUCCCUGCCCUCCAUCCUGGAGUCUGUCACUGGAUGGACCACCGUGCGUCUCUAUCCAUUCCAGAUCCACAGCAUAGCUCUGUCCUCAUUCGCCUCAAUUGUGGGACCCUUCGGUGGUUUCUUUGCCAGUGGCUUCAAAAGAGCCUUCAAGAUCAAGGAUUUUGCCAACACUAUUCCAGGCCAUGGUGGCAUCAUGGACAGAUUCGACUGCCAGUACCUCAUGGCCACAUUUGUUAAUGUAUACAUUGCCAGCUUCAUAAGGGGCCCCAACCCCAGCAAAGUGAUCCAGCAGCUCCUGGCCCUCCGUGCCGAUCAGCAGCUCCACAUCUUCAACUCCCUCAAGGCUCACCUGACGGAGAAAGGCCUGCUGCCAGCGCUGGAGGAGGCCGCGGCCUAGAGCCACCCGCACCGAAACCUCACCCCGAGGGGGAGACCAGAGAGGAGGGCGGCACCAGGGUGUGGCUCUGCGCAGGCCCUGGAGCCCCAGGAGACCCCGCAGUGCUUAGUGUGAGCGAGAACACAUCAGAGAAAAACAACAACAAAAAAAAGAAAACCACAAAAACUACAGCCUUGGGUCAUUCCAUUUCAUUUGGAUUUGAGAGUUGUGCAUGUUGUGUUCAUACAGUCUGUGACACCAGUGUUUACAGGUUGCGUUAGUGAAUUACUGUACUGUACACAUUUCCAUUAUAGCCACAUUGUACCUAUUCACACUGUUGAACAAAAUAUUAUUCAGCUGUACACAGGAUUUCCUCUAUAUAUCUAUUAAUGCGUGUUAAUAUUUUAUUGUUUUUUUAAUGCACUGCUCCACUCUGUUACUCACUGAAUUGUUACUUCAGCUACACCCUUCCCAGAUUUAAGUUUUAAUUUUCAAAACUGUGAUUGUUUCUAUUUAUACAUCAAUGGUUUUAUAUUUGAUAGGUUCUAUCAUAUGUUAAUGUUGUGUCCGUAUCCGUGUCAUUCAGAGUCACCUGCCACAUGUGUUUGUUUGUGUGUCUUAUUCAUGUUCCCUGUUGUUUAUCAUUUCAGACCCUCCAAUGCUUGGCCAAAUCACACCAUAUUGUCUGUUUAUCCUGCAGACAUUUAAGGUGGAUAUAAGAUUAAACUCUAUCUGUUAGAUGGUCUUUUGUGGUGUUCUGCAUUGUACCUGGUUGAUAUUUCAUGGCAGGAGGAGAAAUGUUGUAUCACAGUUAAACUUUAGUUUUUAUUUUGUUGUGUUCUAUAUGUUAUAUACAUUCUAUAUGUAGUGUUACUAAUUGGGGGCUGUUGAGGUGUUAAGAUUGGUUCAUCAUGGCUUAGGUAGUAGUAGAUAGUGUAGUAUCUCCUUGAAUGUUCAGUUUCAAAGCAGAAUAUGUCACAUACCAAUGAUGUGACUAACACUGUCUUAACUGAAAUGCUUGCUAUAAUUUGGCAAUUUAUCUAAUAUUCAAGAUGGACUUUUCCGGGACAGUCAGCUACUGCACUGACACCAGUGAUCUUACUGUACAAUAAGUGUUUGAGGGUUUGUUUUUAUGCUGAGAUAUAAAAGCUGAAGCUUCUUUACCGCUGGGUUAAUUUUUUUUCUCCUACUGUAUGUAGGUGAAUUCCAUCAAUAGACUAAAUUAACAAUGGUGAGAGCUGGUGAAGGGGAAUUAGUCUGAUCUUUCACUUAGUCUGUUAGAUUGUUUUACAGGUAUUACUCAACCUGUGAAAAUACUUGCACACUGCAUUUUGUAGCUAUUUGAAGUUUUCUCAUUUCUGAUGAUGUCACAGUGAUGGUCUAAGAGUUAGAUCCAGGAACAUUUCAGUCAGAUGAAAGGUGCAGUGAAUUAUGGGACAUGCAGUAUCUACUACAACAUGAUACAUUGGAUCCCACUGCAUUAAUGUUUAUCUGUGUCUUCUAGGUUUUUCCCCAUUUAUCAAGGUUCACAGUCCUAGAUUGAGUUGAAUUUGUGUUUUACUGAAAAUGUCUUGGAUUCAAAUUGAGAUAUCACAUUAGCAGUUAGAAGUAGCAAACGUGGAUUUAGUUUGGAAUAAAAUGGUAUGUUCUGAAAUGGCCAAAUUAUUAACACUGGUUCUUAGCCCUGAUAAAUGAUGGGGUUAAUGACAGACAUAGGUAUUGACCAAACAUGUAAUCUCUGUACGUGAGACCAACUCAUUCUUUAGGUUUAGUUCGAUAUGAAGGAUUUGACGCUAAUCAUUCUGUCACACUCAAAAAUGAACCAAACUCCUCAUCAUGUCUCGGCACAUUGCUCCCUUUGCACCCCUCUGUCCAUUCAGGACUGAUUGUCUCUGUGAAGCCAAAUGAGCUGAUGUGAUGUGCAGGCGAUAACGUUAGCCAGGUAGAACUGUCUCUGUAUUAGGAGGACAAAGCAAUAUAAACACACACUCAGUCAUCAGUGUAGCAGGGACGUGUGAAGGUCGGUCUCUACGUGUUUAUGUCUGGUGGUGGUAGAAAACAGGCUGUUAGUUCUUCAUCUUCACUUAUUCAGGAUCAGAGAUGUUUAUCAACGUUUAUGGACUCAGUUUAUGUAACACAGUAAUUAGCUUUUGCUUCAUUUCAUAUUUUCCCAUGUGAAAACCAAGCGCGGCUAUAGUUUCUUUCUGUUGCAUUUGAAUGUUACUCAGUUCACAUCGUGUCAUAUCCAAGCUGUCUUAACUUAAUCUUUCCUAAAGUAUUUAUUUUAUUUACUGUAAGCAAAUGACUAUAUUGUACAUUUAAGAUGUUUAGACACAUGUCAGGUGUUUAGUAUUUUUGUUAGAUGAAUAUUUAAAAGUAUUAUUGCCAUAUGGGAAAGCCUAUUGUGGUAUGGUAGGAGAGGAGUAUUUUCUCUUUCUGUUCUUGCUGUGACUUCAGUGCCGUCGUGUGUUUUCGGAGCUUUUUUCCCCUGCUAGUCGUCGUGUGGCAGAGCGAGUUGAGGCAACACGCUGUGUUGUCUAGCAGACAGGAAGUUUCCAGAAAGUACCGCAAUGAAUAACGUCUGAGCCGCCGCGCGUUCGCCAGCCCGUGGUGGGUUGAUGCUUGAGGUCGUAGCCCUGCAGCUGUGCACUGCCAUCUUUUUCCUGACUAGUGUUACAGACGGCCGCUAGAGAGAGCUGCAGCUCCUGUGGUUGAUUCUGCAUCCAAGGCAGAAGGGCUUGAGCCUUUGUUACUGCUGUCUGAUACAUUCCACUGAACCUGAAGUUACCACUUGCUUAAAGAGUUAGUUAAGAGUAGUUAAGUUCUCUGUUUGAUGACACACUUUGUGUCAUUUUUAGAGAGAGAGUGACACUUUACUGCCCCUCUGAAAGGAAUGUAUGGGAGCUGUGACUGUGCCACAGUGUGUAGACUCCCCUUUGAUUUUGUUUUUCUGGAUUCUCUCAUUUAAAAAAAAAAAGAUUUCUUUAUAUUCUUCUUAAGCUGUGCAAUGGUUUGUGCUGAAUCUGUUAAGCAACAAGUUGUGUUCCUUGAUGCUAUGACGUGCUUCAAAUUAAAGAUGGAAAUAUCAUGUG